AUGCAUGAAACCUGGCGAGCCAUGAAGCUCAGUCUGAGGCUGGAUAUGGAGCUGAGUGGCUUGGUUGUCCUCCAUCAAAUCCAGCCAGUCCGCCAGUUCUUCCCUUCGCGGAAGUGCUUCACGUUCGACUGUCCCGCCAGCAAGAAGAAGCUGACCCGGCUGGAGGAGCUGGACGACGAGGAGUUGGAGGAGGACUUCUUGCAGUCCGCAGAGCAUUUCUGCCGAUACAUCUGGGAAGGAUCCUGCCCCAAGACGAUCCCCGGGGGCCAGACCGUGACCGGAGCGAUGCUUACGCACCUGAUGCACACCUACAUCGAUGCGAUCAACAGCGGUGAGGUGCCCUGCCUGGAGAACGCCGUCCUGGCCCUGGCCGAGAGGGAGAACGCAGCCGCUGUGCGCGAGGCCCUCUCCCGCUACGAAGAGCGCAUGGCGCAGCGGCUGGAGCUGCCCACGGACACGAUUGAGGCGUUGCUCCGGGUGCACACUGAGUGUGAGAGGGAAGCCAUUGGUGUGUUCCUGAAUCGCUCCUUUGCAAACAAAAUCGAAACCUUCCAAGCUGAUUUGGAGCACAAGCUGAAGCAGAAAAAGGAGGAAUUCUGCAAGAAGAACGAGCAGGUGUCCUUUGACCACUGCACAGAUCUGCUUACCAAGCUUGCCCAGGGGCUGGAGAGUGACAUCCACAUGGGCACCUACUCGGUGCCCGGAGGCUACGAGCACUUUCAGGACACACUGAAAAACAUACAGGAGAAAUACCACGCGACCCCUGGCAAAGGGAUUCAGGCGGGCGAAGCCCUUCAAGAGUUCCUGAAAUCCAAGGAGCCGGUAGCAAAAUCGAUCCUUCAAACAGACAAGGCCCUGACCGAUAAAGAGAAAGAAAUUGAAGCCCAGCGCGCUCAGUCCGAAGCAGCCAAACUUCAGCAGAAGCUCCUGGAGCAGGAACAGGCCAGGCUGGCCCAAAUGCUGGAUGACCAGAAGCGAAGCCAUGAGGAGCAGCUGCAGCUGCUGAAGGAGAAGAUGGGGGAGGAGAAGGAGAGGAUGCAAGAGGAGACCGAGAGGAUGAUCCAGCACAAGCUCAAGGAACAGGAAAAGCUGCUGAAAGAAGGAUUUGAAGAGAAAGCCAGAGCGAUGGAAAGAGAAAUCCAGCAUCUCAAAGAGGAAAGCAAGUCUGCUCUGAACCAGGGUUUGGCUGUGCUAAAAGCCGUAUUGCCAGAUUUGGUGUCACUGGGGCAGCAAGCUUUGCAGUACAAGAUAUUUUCUCAAAUAGGAAAUCAACAAACAAGCUCAAAAAAGUAGCUGCGUGACUCCCAAAGAGAGGUUUUAUGACAAAUACAGUUCGAGUCACUCUCAAAAUGUGACGUUUCCCAGGAGUAAGCUUCUUACCUGUUUCCUGGUCCUGAGGAAGAUGUCCAAAGGACUGAACACGCAGCUGUGCUUGGCCUGGGCCCUGCCUUCUCCAACCACUUAACAAGCUCAGGAUUCCUCAUAGGCUUGCCUUAAUUAGCUUAUGGUAUUGCAUCCUAUCAUGUUGAAACAUGGAGUGGGAGUAUUUGGAUUGGCUAAGAUGGGAAAGAGUCACUCUUUUGGCUUGUGAUAUGCCAGUGAGAUGGGAAUUAUGGAGCGCACUGAGGGGAAGGCGCAUAGGGCAGAUGGCAUUCACUUGGGCUUGCUAACGAGGUGAACAGGAAGUUGGGCACCACUCAGUCACUGCCCCUUUGUGACAGCCAGCCGCUUCCUCAUGAAUAGUCUGGAAAGGCUAGCCAUUUUCCUUUGGGAAUGUUUCCGACAAAUCUGCCAUUCCAGCCGAUUGGAGCUCCUCACAGGCUUGCCCAUGCUGAGCGCUGUAAGUUCCUUGUCUGUAUCAAUCCUUUGCAAAGCCAGUUCUUGUGAGAAAUUUGCUUGUUCUUUCAAUAAAGCCUCAUAGGCAAA